AUUUUGGACCUAUAGCAACCCACCUUGAGUAGGCGGGACUUCCUUGUGAAUUUAGCAUUGCGGCCUCUGCUGAAGGGCACUUGUCUGAUUCUGUUUGUACAGGGGUCGUGUGCUAGAGGACCAUUAACAAUCCAUCAUGGGAGGACACGACGCCGGAUCCCAGCACCAGUUCACUGGUAUUGCCAAGUACUUCAAUGCAUACACAAUCACAGGAAGGAGGAAUUGUGUUUUGCUCACAUAUGCCACCAUAUUAGGCAUUGGCCUUUUCUUCAAAUUGAAGCCCAAGAAGCAGGCCGCCGUCACAGAAAAGUGAUAAUGUGUCCAUUUUGACCAUCAUCUCUAACAGCUGGGAGUGGAGGAAGCAGCUGGACGUGCUUGUAAUAAAAUAUGAGUGUUUGGUAUCCCUAUGUUAACAAUAAAGAACAUUUGUGCCCAAUA